GCCCGUCGCAGUUGAAAAAGGGUCGCAGCUCUCAGCCCCGCUGCCAAGCUCCCUCGAACGCAAAGGAGUUUGGUCCAUGGAUGAGGGCGGAGGCUGGUAUUCUCAUUUCUGAAUCACUCCGUCUCACCGCGUGAGGAUGGAUUUUCUUCUUCUUAACACUUCCUGCCUGGAACUUGGUCCGAGAUAAUUUUUGCAACUCUCAUCCCUUCGUUCGUUUGGCCCUUCGAGAGAAUACUGUAGAGAUUUUUCAUCUUUUUUUCCCUUUCUCCCUCUAUGCGCACUUCACCAAGAUGUGGCUGUGCUCUAUCCUUUUGCAGCUCAGUACACUCGUUCUGACGAUCAGUGCUGCAAACCUGCAACCGCCUCCCGUGACAUACCCCUCAUCCAAUACUUCAAUAACGUUUAGUGGAUCGACUUCGUCAACACCAUCAACCCCAUCAACACCAUCAACACCAUCAACACCAUCAACUCCGUCGACCCCGUCGACCCCGUCAACUCCAUUAAUUUCACCAACCGUAUUAACUCUACUCUCGUCGACCCCGUUAACCCCAUUAUAUCAUACAUCCGUUUUACCUCCACCAAGCACAUCGACCCCGUCGAGCACACCGACUAUCGUAACCACAACACUUGGUUUUGUCCCUAUCCCUCUUCCACCAGCUGCCACUCCAAAUCAAAAUGAAGCCUGCUGUUUUGUGGUUCAAGAUGUCGUCACUGAAGAAUGGUGGGAUAUUUUCACAACAAGCUCCAUCUUUAAAGUCGUGACCAAGACGCAGAUCACGGCCCGUUUCACGCCUUAUCCGAAUAGAACAGUGACAAACUUAGAAAUCAACACUGUAGCGAUCAAUACCUCUGUCCCAGUCACGGCUCGCAUUGGCGUUAAUCCAAUCUCUCUCUUGGGCAAUGCAGCUGCGCACCCGGCAGAGUAUACGCAAGUUAACAACGGCACUGCCACGGUAACCGGAGGGGUGACUAUACAAUCGCCGGCUGCCUUCUAUGUCUAUUCCACCAUCAAGAUCAUCACAGCGGCAGCCAUCACAGACGAUGCGGGGAAUUUGGCCUGCGGAACAGCCAUCGGUGGAUUUCCUAAUUUGAAUCCCAAUGCUCAGGCUUACUUUGGUGGCCUCGGGCCCAACCCAAUUUAUGCACGUUCAGGCGACUCCGAUCUUAACCCAAGGGCGCCAGCCCCAGCAGCACCCGCGAUCAUUACGCUGGCAACCCCUUUCAUCUACCAGCCAGCACGGGGAAAGUUGGGGACGACUAUUUCAGAAGCAUGUGGAGGGAAAAUUGCGCCUGGCACAGAAGACUACGGAUAUGUUCCCCAGACAGUCCUCGACCAUCUGGUAAGCAACAAGGACAUUUCUGCUCAGUAUCCUGGCCUGUCAGCAUGUUUGCCUGCCGGACCGUCUAUUGAAGCCAUCAAUUGUGGCACCGUCGAGUUUGUUACCAAAACUAUCAUCGGUUCUCCUGCUGUGAUAACCCAGGUUGAGACGUCUACCAGGACGGUGUUCUUUAACCGGACCACUACAUUACCAGGCACGACAGGAUUCACCACAAGUUUCUUUGACGUAACAUCGACAUUCACUAUCACUAUUCCGGGAUCGACCGUAACUAUAGCAAGAAGCAGUCCUUCGGCUUUCUACCCAACGUAUCCCAAAAGAAGCAGUCCUACGGCUUUCUACCCAAAGUAUCGCAAAAGAAUCAUUGGUUCGGCUUUCAGCCCAGCAUUUCACAGCAACAAUACGUUCACCCCCCCUCCACCCCCUCCUCCUCCUCCACCUCCGCAAACUACUUCCGGUAAUGGUCCACCUCCACCUCCACCUCCGCCUCCGCCUCCGCCUCCGCAAACCAGUGGAAACGUCGUGGUUUAUCCACCAUCAUAUUCGACAGGCACUACGGAAGUACCUACUCAAUCGGUUUCUUAUGUAGCAAACCCAGGGGGCGUAGUCGUUAGCCUAGAUUCAAGUCUGGAACUCGACACCACCACAAACCUAAUCACACCAACAGGCACUGAGAAUGUUAUCGUAAGCCCUGUGACACAAGCAAACCCAGUCGUUCAAGGUUCUGGUCCCAGUGUAGUAGUCUCGCCAACUACGUUCCGGCUCCAGGAUGCCCCGUUGGGCAUUACAGGACAAAUUUCCACAAUUGAUGGAACGGCUAUGUUGAUUGUUCCAUCCCAGGAGACAUUUGUCCCCUUUAAUCCUACUGCACCACCUAUCGCUGGAGCCAGUGUGACGAUAAUAAAUGGCUCUCCUUCGAUUGUAAUAUCAUCUCCGACUCUUGUCCCCGCGGUAAACGCCCCCCCUCAACUCUCUAAUGCUCCAAUUACAAUAAUCAAUAAUACACCUUACCUGGUAGUGGGUCAAACCACCUUUGCAGCACCAUCAGCACAGACAAAUGGGGCGAUUACGACUAAUAUUGGAGGAACCAACUUUAUUGUUUUCCCUUCAGCCACUAAUAUUCCUCUCUCCGAUGCUCCUCCUGGACUGACUGGAAGCUUGACAAUUAUCAAUAAUACCCCCUUCCUUGCAGUUCCUGGCUCAACGAAUAUUCCAAUACCAGCCACGCAAACCGGAACUUUAGCGACAACAGUCAUCAAUGGCACUCCAUUCGUGGUCGUAGGAAGCCCAACUCAAAUACCCCUAUCCAACGCCCCUCCUGGGCUCACUGGUGUGACGACUACGAUUAAUGGAACCCCUUUCUUGAUCAUACCUUCUGCGACAACGUUUCCACUCCCAGCUUCGCCGUCAAACGUAGCACAGGUAACAGUUAUCAAUGGCGUAACGGAAAUUAUCAUCUCAGGGCUGGCUACAUUGCCUGUGAAUUCGGCGUACUCGCUCUCAGGAUUGACUACGGUCAUUUCCGGGAUUACGGAAGUGAUUGUGAGCACACCCACUACGAUAUCUCUGAAAACAAGCCAAAGUUCAGCUUCAACAUCGAGUGCUUCGUCAAACACCCUAAGCAGUACCAGCAGCACAAGAUCAAGCGCCUCGAGCAGGACUUCUUCAACGACGUCCACUUCAGCCAGCCAAACACCAACCGUACUUCCAUCGAAUGCAAGUUCGGGCAAGGGUCUCUCCACCGGAGCAAAAGUUGGCAUCGCAUUUGGAAUCAUCAUUUUGGCAUUAUUAGUCCUCGGGCUGAUUUUCUUUUUGAGACGCAGGAGGCAAGAUAGAGAGCAGUAUGGUCUUGUGGCAACUAGUGGAGACGGCGGAGCUACACCCCCAAUGGUGGAGCAGCCCCGGACCUCGACGCAGAUCGGCGCGGAUAGUUAUACCCCGGUUGUCCGGACUAGAGGUGGAUAUAUGCCAGCGCCACAGCAGGAGUGGAUGUCCACUAUGCGGCGGCAGAGUAUAGAGCGGCGGCCCGUACCCGUGGCGGCGGCGGAGUUAUGAGAGAUUAUUGCAUUGAUUGGGCGAAGAGUAAUUUCGGGAUGCAUAAAAAACCAUGGGAAUAUGGUUAGACGAAUAGAUAAGAUACCCACGAAGAAAUUGAC